AUCCGAAUGACGUCACAACAAGCGGAAAUAUUUUUCCUGACCACUUCCAGUGUUAUUUUGCUGUACUUUUAAUUCUCCGUAGCCUUUAGGCAAGUGUGGCAUCGCUUGUCUCUACGUUCGCUGCCGAACAUGUGUCUUCCCCCCCGAGCAUUGUGAGCUGGGGCGCACGACUAAUAUAUUUUCUGGCACAUUUGGAUCAACUUCUGUCGCUUUAAAAGCUAGUCGGUCAGCUAACUCUCCGACUGUGGCGCUUUUUUAGCAUAUCCUCGUGGCUCCGUUAAAUCACACGGGGUGAUUUGUGGGGGAUAAUUUGCUCGUACUCUUUCCCCUCGUAGUACGCCCUGCCUGGUCAUUUUUAACGUGGCUAGCUAAGCGAAGUAAUAUGUAAUCUUGCAAAACUGGGAUGUAAUGCUAAUGUACUGUCGCUCCUCUGGGUGGUUGUUACAUUCCGUGGGCGUGAAGAAAAGGGCUGCUAUGGUGUCUCCGUUACGUGUUGCUACACUUGGCUGACGGCGACACACCUGGCCCAGCAUGAAGUUCCCGGUGUCCAGAAUCUCCUUCUGUGUGGGUUUCCUGGUGGGAUUCUUCAUGCUCUACCUGUUUCAAGGGCAAGUGGGCUUCAACAAGAAUUUCUCUGUGCAACCGAUUGGCAAAUUGGUACUCGACCAUCAGCAUGAGCAGCAUGAAGAAGACAGCAGGUGGAAGAAGGAGAGGUCUGCCCUCUUCAACCUUAAACACCCUCAUCAUUCAGAUGAGGAUAGCAGCAUGGCAGAUGAACUGUACAAAAAAGUCCGUGUGCUUUGCUGGGUGGUGACUACUCCUACCAACCUGGAGAAGAAGGCCCGCCACGUGAAGGCAACGUGGAGUCGUCACUGUAACGUGAUUGUCUUUGUGAGCUCUGAAAGCAAUCACGACUUCCCAGCUGUAGGUUUGGAUACAAAAGAGGGCCGCGACCAGCUUUACUGGAAAACCAUCCGAGCGUUCCAUUACGUCCACGAGCAUUACGGCAACGACGCCGACUGGUUUCUCAAGGCGGACGACGACUCGUACGUAAUAGUGGACAACCUUCGGUGGGUGCUUGCAAAGCACACGCCGGACGAGCCGGUUUAUUACGGUCGGAGAUUCAAGCCCUACGUCAAGCAGGGCUACAUGAGCGGCGGCGCCGGCUACGUGCUAAGCAAGGAGGCUCUGCGGCGCUUUGUCCAAGGAUUUCAAAACAAAGUGUGCACUCACACCAGCUCGGUGGAGGACCUUGCGUUGGGCCAGUGCAUGGAGAAAGUCGGGGUGCUGGCAGGAGACUCCAGAGACACUUUACAACGGGAGACAUUUCAUCCCUUCAUUCCUGAGCAGCACCUCACUGCCGAGUUCCCGAAGAGCUUCUGGUAUUGGAGCUACUGCUACUACCCCAUCUCAUUGGGUCCAAACUGCUGCUCAGACUUGUCCGUGUCCUUCCACUAUGUGCACGACAGCAACAUGUAUUUGUUGGAGUACUACGCCUAUCACCUGCGUGCCUUUGGCUACAAAUACCGAUACCGGCCUCCCACCCCGCCCGGCUACACCCGCGAGCGGUCAGAUGCCGCCGCUGCCGUUGCUGCUGCGGCUGCUGACGAUGUCGCCGGCAAAGAGAACAAAGAUGAUUCUCAGGUAAAAGAGCAAAAAGAAGGUGUAAAUAGUGAAAAGAGACCAGAUGACUCCCUGCCUCCAGCUGCCAAACUGUAGGACCAUGUGAGUGAGACAAACUAUUGGAUUUAUUCAUGAAGAAUCUGUUGUCUUAUAUUUGAAUGAAAAUAACCGAAAAUAUGAGACUCGUCAUUGGCCUCACCUUUGACAUUUUUUUUUUUUCUAGUUUGUCAGGUCAAGUCAGCCGGAUUCAAUCAGAUGGCCACAUUCUUUUUGAAAUACAAAAGAAAACCUUUUCUCUUUGUGUGUUCACCAGCUAGAGUCAUGCCAGUGUUCAAAACAUUUCUUAAGAUAACAAACCCGGUUGGGUCUCCAUGUCAAGACAUUUGUCAUGGUGGCUGCGACACGCCUUGCGCUAUCCAAACUGUUGCGUCAACUGCAGCAAGUGUCACAUAGGAUGAAUGACCAACCAUUGUUCACAAGAUUCAUCCGUGACCUUAACCCUAUUCAGUUCUCGCAGUUCUGCUCAGAGAUAGGCCUUUGUAUACAUUUUUCUGUGCAAGGAAUUUGGACACAGUCUAUCUGGCAACCUUUAAAUAUUAAAUCAGCUGACCGUGACAUGUCGUAUCAGGUCAGCAGCCUUGCCCAAGGAAACGGAACAAACGAUAGCAAACCUGAAGUUUCAUAUUUAAAAACACUGACUAGAAUAAAAUAGAUGACAUAUAUAUACAUUUUUUCUUCUUGCCUGAAUAGUGAAGCAGCAAAGUUGAAGCUUUCCAGCACUUUCCACCGCACUGUGGUGUUUGGG